AAUUAAAUUUGCGUCAUUUGAUAAAAGUUUUUCUUUUUCUAUUUCCCUUUAAUUGUAGGGUGCAGAUCCAAAUUGAAUAAUUGACAAUGUCAGAUGCGCCUAUAGUAGACACUGAACUUACCCAAUUGAACAUUCCAGAAGAUCUAAGGACGAAUUCUUCAUUUAUGAAAGUGAUGGCAACCUUGUUUCAUUAUGGUAAUCAGUCCAUGAAUGCUACUCAAUUGGUUGUUGCAAUUAGAGCUUUGAAUCUACUACCACUCAGAGGUGAAACGCCAAAGAGUACCAUUCAAGGCAUCAUUUCGACUUCACGUAAGUUGGCCAGAGAUUUGAACAUUUCAGAUCCCUUUCGCAUUGACAGAGAAGGCGCUGGAAGACAAACAAAAUAUGCCAUCUCUGACGAAAUUAUGAAUGGAGUUGAGCCACCGCCUGUAAUUGAAAUUCCUGAUGAGCCCAUCAUUCUUCGGCCAGUUGAACAUACUUUACAAGGCACAAAGCGUUCUCGUAAGGCAACAUCGUUUUAUACACCUUCAAGCAACUCUAAACAACGCAAAAAGAGAUCUAAGAAGAGUCGAAAAUUAUAUGAUGAUGACAAUGGUUCUUCUGAUGUUGAUAUAGAUGCUGAUGAAGACUUGGACUUUAGUGGUUAUGUAUUUGGUGAUGAAGAUGAAAAUCAAGCAACUCAAGAGGUGAUAGAGGAAGAAGAUACCAUUGUUGACUAUACGUUACUCUACUCUCCUCCUACAGCUGAUAUGGACUAUAUUGAUAAAAUCAAUUUUAACGAAUAUCCCGUUGCAGCUCACUUUGCUAUUGUCCAGCAAAAAGGAUACUCAUAUCCUCGCUUUAGAUCACACGAAAAAAUAAAAAUCCCCAAGGCAAACUGUGAAGACAAGUUUAGGGUAACAGACAUAAAAAAGGGUGACCGUGUCAUCGGUCGACUCUUUAUUCUUGCUGAUGGUCAUGGAGGGCCUGGAUGCUCAGAGUAUUUUGUACGCAAAACACCAGUGGCAGUUGAAAAUCUCUGCCAACGCUAUGAUCCAGAAGCGCUCAUUGACCCUGAAGUGCAGAACAAGAUGCAGGCUGAAAUUAAAACCAUGAUCCAACAGCUGGAUGAAGAAUAUCUAAGCAAAAAACGCGAAGAAUUGUCACAAAAAAAGGAUGAUGAACAUAUUGACAAUGAUGGCUGUACUUUGAUCCUUAAUAUAUUUUUGGGAGAAUGGCUCAUCAACGUCAACGUCGGUGACUCUCGUACCAUACUGAUAUCCGCACCAGAGCCUACACCAGGGAAACCUGAUCUGGUUGAAACUGGAGGCUUACUUGGCAUUGAUAGCGAUUAUAAAAUGGAUGUUGUCUUUGCUUCUCAGGAUCAUAAACCUUAUCUUGAACACUUGGCGCGUGAAAUUCUGGAGAAUGGUGGAGAAUUUGUUGAUUCUGUACAAAACCGUGUUAUCAAAGUGGACGUGGACAAGCUAAAAGAAGACGGUAACCGACAUGCGAAGCGACUGGCCUUGAAAAAUGCGAGGAUUCGUCCAAAAGGAUACAACGCAAGCCACGACGCACCUUGUGCAUCUAGUGCAACAGACAACCAAAUAGGUGAUGAAUUCAAUACAGAUGAACAAUCUACAGAUUCUGCUGCGGUCAACGGUUGGACGACUCAAAGUGCUGUUCGCACAACUGCAAAUAAUAACAGUAACAACAAUAGCAAUAACAACAAUAAUACACAACAGCCAAGUUCGCCGCCUUCACCUAAAGCGCGCCGCGUACCGUCGCUCAAUGUCGCUCGCUCAUGUGGUGAUUUAGAUUUCAAGAUGGAUCCACAACACAAGAUCAUCUCUUGCGAACCUGAUGUGACCUUUAUUCGAAUCAAAGAUCAGCCUCAUGGUGAGCAUACUAUUCUGUUGAAUGGUCCUCAUAAAGAAAAACGAAGACACUUUUUGUUCAUGAGUACCGAUGGUACAUUUGACUAUAUGUAUGAAGAAACAGCUGAGAGACAGAAUAGGGCCAUUGCCAAAGUGAUUGGACCAAUGAUUGAAGAUGGUGAAAAGAUCGGAAAGUAUUUGCUAGAAGAAGAAGAGCGUAUCAAAGGCGAAACGAUUGAGCAUAAUAAUGAAGAAGAGAAUGAUGAACGAUUAUCAGAAAAAGAAGAACAAGAAAAUCAAGAAGAGCAAGGAGAGCAAGAAGAGAAAGAAGAGAAAGAAGAGAAAGAAGAGAAAGAAGAGAAAAAAGUGAAAGAAGAGGAAAUGCCUCAGGUUAUUGUUAAAGACAAGCGUGGUCGCCGCGAAGGAAGCAAGGGAAGAGAUGACAAAAAGAAGGAAGAUGAUAAUGCGCGAGUUGUGAUUGAGAGUAUGGAGGGCGAUAGCAAGGCUGAACAUAAAAGCAGUCAAGGUACAAAGGCAGAGGAGGAAGAAUUUGCAAACGAAGGUAACAAAGAAACAAAUACUGAAGAGCCGAUGGAAGUUGACGAUAAUGAAGAAAAAGAAGCGCCUCGUAUACCUCUAUUGUAUCGUGAAUUGACAGAAGAAGAGAUACAAGCACGAAAAAUAAAAGAAAGGACACUGGUUUAUUCUGCAAGAUAUUUUGCUAAUAGAGAAGGCGCUCAAGGCUUUUUUGCAUCCACCUUACAAGACUAUGAUGAUUGCACGAUUAUCUUGGUUGAAAUCUAACACUGUAAUUUCUUUUUUGAAUCCCUUUACCCCUUUCCUCUUUCUCUAUCCUUUCCUUUUGAUUGGCAAUCCUCUCAUAUACACCCAUAACAUAUACACCACACACAGAGGCAGAGACAGACAGGCAAUCAUAUAGGCACACAUCACAACAUACAUACGCAAACACACUCACACACUCACAAAUACGCCAUCUUUUUCUUUUUAUAUAUAAAAUUACUUUGUUUAUUGUAAAAAUACAUAAAAGAAUCAUAAUCC